AUAAAGAGGACAACCCCCAAGAAGUAUAGAAGGAAAGAAAAACAAUGGAGGAAAACAAGAGCAAAGUGACACUACAUGGGAUGUGGGCAAGCUCAUACUCAAAGAGAGUCGAAAUCGCUCUUAAACUCAAGGGUAUACUCUACGAGUACGUGGAAGAAGAUCUAAGCAACAAGACGGAGUCGCUGGUUCGACUCAACCCUGUUCACAAGAAGGUUCCUCUUCUUGUCCAUGAUGGUAAACCAGUGGCUGAAUCACAAGUGAUUCUUGAAUAUAUCGAUGAAACGUGGAACAACUCUCCUCGUCUCUUGCCAGAGGAUUCUUAUGAAAGGGCCCAGGUUCGGUUCUGGGUCAGCUACAUCAACCAACAGGUGAUUGAGGUCAUGGGUAAAGUUCUGUUUCAAGAAGGUGAAGCUCAAGAAAAGGCUAUAGAAGAGGCUAGAGAGAGGUUCAAAGUUCUUGAAGAGGGACUAAAGAAGCAUUUCCCAAAUAAAACCAUCAGAGAGAAUGAUGAUGUAGGGCUUUUGGACAUCAUCAUCAUCUCUACUUUUGGAUCCCACAAAGUUUAUCAUGACGUGUUCGGUGUAGGGGUAAUUGAUCAAGUGAACACUCCAACAUUAUACAACUGGAUAGAGAGCCUGAAAGAGCUGGCCGUGAUGAAAGAAGCUGAAGUGCCUAGUGAUAGGUUGGUGCCCUUUCUCCAGAUGUAUAGACAAAUGCAUCUCCAGCAGGCUGCAAACGCCUAAUGAUUUGUAUCAAAAGGAUAAUAAAUAAAAGGCAUUUGCCAAAAUUUGUUCCUUUCGUUUAUGUACUGAUGAUGGCAGUUACUAAUGUAUGAUACUGAUACUAAUUACUAAAUAAAGGCAUUUGUUUGGUACAA